CACCUAGCUGGGCGGGGGAACACCACUCAGAACAUAAUUUAAAUAUAUGAAAUUGAAAAUUUUGAUCAGUUGUAAAAGUAAAAUUGUUCCUUAUUUAUUUAAACAAAUUUAUUAAUAAAAUAAUACACAAAAAUUCGGGUACAAAUCGCACAUAUAAUUGUGCAAAACGUUUAAAUUUUGACAUCCAUGAUGCAAACCAAUAAUGCUGUGUGAGUGUUUUGUUAUUGGUGGAAACAUCAAGACAAGCAGCAAAUAGAGGCAGGCAAUAACAGCGGACAGAAACUUCAGUUGCAUUAUGACAGGCGAGUUGAUAGAACCGCAUUUCGGCGAGGGAAAGUCAGCACGUGCUUCCGAGUCAAAAAUGAAUAAGAUAGAGAUUGUUAAUAUGGACAGCGACGAAAGUUCAUUAAACGAUGACGAAUCUGACGUAGAACUGCAAGGCGAUUCAAGUGUCAGUGAAAUAGAAGUUGUCACCUCAGAUAAUGAGGAUAAUUCCAUAAGUGAAGAAUAUGACUUAGAAAUGCAAUGUGAUUUAACUGUGAGUGAAUCAUCUGAGUCAAAUUCUGGACAGAGGGCUGCUGCCAAACAACAAUGGACAGAGGUGACUGAUCUGGUUACAUUGGCAAACACUUUGACUGAGCUUGUAAGUAACCAGGCCCCAAAGUCAGAAAAUUCAGCUUUUGGGGACUAUGUGGGGGCUUGUUUGGAUGGUUUGCCCUCAGAUAUCAGUAAAAUUAAAAGGAAACAAAUAUUUGAGAUUUUGCAUAAUUAAAAAUAUAAAAAUAAAAU